GAUGUGAGUGUAAGUGGGACUGGUCCGCUUGGGCUCUGUGUAGAAAUGCCCUCAUCUCCUGGUGUUGGGUUGCAGGGACUCAACACAAUGAGGAAACACUGAAGCUCAUACACUCUGAAGAAGGAUCUGUCACACCUGUAGACUUUCUAGAGCCCUGCACUUCCCAUCUCUCUUUCAGCAGCCAUGACGACGGUUGUCGUGAUAACGAUGCUGCUGUCAGCGUCCCUCCUCCUGUCCUCUGCUCUUCCGUUCCAGCAGAGAGGAUUCUGGGAUUUUGGUGAAGAUAUUGACGUCAGAGAUCUGAUGACGAUGAUGAUGAAGGACCAGGAGGAAGGCUCAGCGUUUGAGGAAGUCCCUCAGCCGGAGAUACCGACAUGUCCGUUCGGGUGUGUGUGUCACCUGAAGGUGGUGCAGUGCUCUGAUCUCGGUUUGAUUUAUGUGCCGUCUAACAUCCCGUCUGAUACGCUGCUGUUGGACCUGCAGUGCAACGGCAUCACAGAGCUCCGAGAGGGAGAUUUUAAAGGCCUCAGUAACCUCUAUGCGUUAAUCCUGAGGAGUAAUCUGAUCUCUCGAAUUCACCCUCGUGCCUUCCUGCCUCUGAAGCGCCUGCAGAAGCUCUACAUUUCCCACAACCUGCUCACCUCCAUCCCUCGCAACCUGCCCUCAUCUCUUGUCGAGAUGCGUAUCCAUGACAACCGUAUCCGCAAAGUAGCAGCAGGGACCUUCAGUGCCCUGGGGAACAUGCAUGUGAUUGAAAUGGGUCGUAACCCCAUCCACAACAGUGGAUUUGAACCGGGAGCAUUCAAAGGUCUCAAACUGAACUACCUACGAAUCUCUGAGGCAAAACUCACCGGUGUCCCAAAAGAUUUGCCAGCAAGUCUCCAUGAGCUCCAUUUGGACCAUAAUGAGAUUCAGGCCAUCGAGCUGGAGGACCUAAGCCGAUACAAGCAGCUGCAGAGGCUGGGUCUUGGGUCGAAUCAUAUCCAGCAUAUUGAGCGUGGUGCGCUCUCUUACCUGCCCAGCCUGAGAGAGCUUCACCUGGACCACAACCGCCUUUCCAGCAUCCCCAGUGGCCUGUCCAGUAUGAAAUACCUGCAGGUGGUCUAUCUUCACACCAAUAACAUCACCUCAGUGAAGGUGAAUGAUUUCUGCCCGACGGGAUUCGGAGUGAAGAAGGUCUUCUAUAACGGGAUCAGUCUGUUUGGGAACCCCAUUGAAUACUGGGAAAUUCAGCCUGCCACCUUCCGCUGCGUGACUGACAGCAUGGCUGUGCAGCUCGGCAACCAUAAGAAAUAGAUACACCCCCAUCUCACACACACACACACACACACACACACACAAAUAACCAAGACUCUUUUAGUGUCACAUAACAAUUACUCAAUUUAAUUUAAUUUUAGCGCUUUUAACAAUGGACAUUGUCACAAAGCAACUUUACAGAAAUCUAUAAAUUCAUGAUAUAAAUUCUAAAUGUAGAAAUUUUUCAUUUUAAUGCCACGUCACAUUUCCUUCCCACAUGUUUUAUAACAUCUUUAUAACACUUUCUUCAGGUUGUGGUUGUUGUAUGUAUCUGAUUAACGCUUUCAUUUCCAUGUUAGUCGAGUCUGUCGUCCUGCAUCCUGCAUGUCUCGCCUGUUCAUACUGAUGAAGAGCAAUUUUACUGUCUGUCUGUCUCAGUGUUAGCAUCAGCGUUAUGCUCUACAGCUUCACUAUUACCUUCAUGCACUAAUUUAGAUCCCAGAGCGCUUUAAUAAUGUCAAUAAAUCACCCAGAUUUUGUAACAAACACUGAUUUUGAUCUGAUGAAUCGCAUCUCGCCGAAAAAGACCACGGUGUUUAAUGCUGUAGAUUAGGAUAUGCUUUUAAACCAUGAAAUAUAUAUACAUAUUACAAAAUAUCUUACUAACAAAACAGAUGAACAGACUGCAAUAAACGAA